AUGGUCAACAUUACAUACGUGGAUUUGCUAGCUUUAGCAUCCAGCAUUCCUCUCGCUCAACAAAUCAAUUCGAUCGCUACUACCAACACAUCUUCUCCCGAACAAAUCACCUUUGUAGCCUACGACCAGAGUUUUGUGACGGAUAUUGUAGGAAACAAUGCCACGGAGGAGUUGGUGACGACUUUAGAUUGSGAUGCAUUUCACGAGGCAGGAGCCUACAACCUCGCCACCAACAAAAUCUACCUAACCAGCAAUCGCGGCUCGGACAUUUCCAACCCCAUCAACAUCACCACCAUCGACCUCGGCAACAACAACACCAUCCAGACCCAAAGUUAUACAAAAGUCGUCCAAGGAAACGGUGGUCGAGCAUACUAUCCUCCGGGUUCAGAUCCCACCAGCAGCGCAGGCCAGCAACUCAUCUUCUGCGACCAAGGGGAUAAAAAUGGCCACCCUCCCCAAUUAACAGCCGUUAAUCCCGUGACUAACGCCACCAAAGUCUUGCUGAAUAGUUUCCAUGGCAAGGAAUUCUCCAGUAUUAACGAUGUGGUACAGCAUCAUACAGGUGAUUUGUGGUUUACGGACGCGAGGUAUUCUUUUUGGCAAGGUUAUGGUUUAGAACCGCAACUUCGUCCACAGGUUUACCGCUUCUCCCCCUCAACCGGAUCCCUCCAAGCAGUAGCCGACGACUUCAUAGCCCCAAACGGCAUAGAAUUCUCCCCGGACUUCAAAACCCUCUACGUAACGGACACAGGCGCCCUCACGAACCUCACAGACCUCACACAACCCGCUUCCAUCUACAGCUACGACCUGACCCCCGAUGGCAAAGGUCUGCAGAACCGUCGCUUGUUCGCUUACAGCGCCAACGGGAUACCUGAUGGCCUGCAUACGGACGCUGUAGGGAAUGUGUACGCUGGCUGUGGAGAUGGCGUGCAUGUGUGGAGUCCCGCGGGGGAGAUUUUGGGCAAGAUUGUUGUUCCUGGAUCCAGGGGUGUGGCGAAUUUCGCGUUUGUACCCGGGGGAAUGUUUAUUUUCAAUGAGGAAAGGUUGUGGAAGGUUGGGAUCAAGGCUGAGGGGAGGGAGGUCAGGAGGGAUUUUGGGUUAGGAGCGGGAAUGUAG